AUGCAUCGUUUUCAGCACAGUUCAUCGGGCUUAGUGAAGGAUUUGUUCGAGGAUUUGAAAGAUGGAGUCCUUCUUUGUCACCUUAUUGAAGUGCUUACUGGUGAAGCCUUGGUAAGUCCGUUGCAAGUAUUUACCAAAUACUUCAUUUUCGUACCUCACCAAAGUAUCAUUAGCCGCACACUGGCUGGUGUGGAAUGA